AUGGAGCAGGUCCUCGAGCAGAAUAGAACUCUCGGUCAACAUUUGCAGCUUAUGGAAGACCGAGGUCCUUUAGAUGUUCGGUCCGUCAAGUUCAUGGAUGACGCGAUCUCAAUCAUGUCCAGUCGCCGCUCACUACGCACGCCCACAAAUGCGUGGAGCAUGCUCUCCGGUCUCAGUCUAAAUGAUAUCUCAGUCGUUUCUGCCUUCCGCCUACCCAUCACCCUUAACGACGUACACUUGGUUGCCCCAGGGUCAACCUUCUCCGCCAUGUUCAUGGAGCAAGCUCUUCCAGUACGCCCGCAGGUCCGCUACGUGGACUGCAACGUGGGAGAUGUACAGGCUGUUCAGGCCUUGAUUGGUCAGACAGUGGUAGCAGCAAAGAAGGUGAAGCUGUCAGUACGCAAACCCGAAGUUCCGGUUCAGGCUGCUGAAGCCGUAGACGCCAUAACGGAAAAGGGCCCAGCCAUUGACGAAACGCCACUGGAUAUUGAAGAGCCUGGCCACCUGAUCUACGAAUACGGAAGACUUUUCCGGUUCCAUGAUGGUCGUCUGUUCCAACGGAACAACGAGCGGGGUUCUUGGGACGAAAUCAUUUGGACGCAACGGUGA